AUGAAGAUUCUGAUUUGCGCUAUCCUUAUAGCUUCUGUGCUAGCUGAAGAAGCACCAAAGAAAAAGCGAGGACUUCUUCUUGGAGGUGGUGACAACUUUGGUCAUGGUGGUGGAAGUGGCGGAUAUGGAGGUAUCAGUCUAGGUGGAGGUCAUGGUGGAUUAAGCGACCUUGGAAGUAGUGGAGGCGAUUUUGGAGGACAAGGUGGUUUUGGAGGUGGAAUUGGAGGUGGUAUUGGAGGAGGAAUCGGAGGAGGUGAUGAAGGUCACAUAAGUCACAUAACUUUACACAAAACUAUACCUGUACCAGUACCCCAGCCCUACCCUGUUCCAGUUGAGAGAAAAGUACCUUACCCUGUUAAUGUACCAGUAGCUGUUAAAGUAGAUAAACCUUACACAGUUCAUGUACCUAAGCCAUACCCAGUUCAUAUCGAUAAACCAUACCCUGUCAAAGUUGUUAAGAAUGUACCUGUACCAGUCAAAGUACCCUAUAAAGUACCAGUUCCAGUGAAAUACCCUGUACACAUUCCAAAACCUUACCCAGUACCAGUUCAUAAACCAGUUCCAGUUCACGUACCAGAUGUUCAGAUAGUGAAAAAACCCGUUCCAGUUAUUAUUAAUGCUGGUCAUGGUAGUGGAGACUUUGGUGGUAGUGAUGGAGGAUAUGGGGGACUCAGUUCUGGAGGAUUGAGUGGACAUGGAGGAUUUAGCUCUGGAGGAUCAAGUGGAUAUGGAGGAUCCAGUUAUGGAAGUCUUGGUGGCCAUGGAGGAUUCAGCUCUCUAGACUUAGGUAGCCAUGGAGGAAUCAGCUCUGGUAGCUUCGGUGGAUAUUCUUCUUCAUCUUAUGGAAGCGAUCCUAUUAACUUGAUACUACAGGAAAUCAAAGAAGCUUAUAGAAAUAGAGAGGUAAGAAAUUUUUAUCAAGAAACAAAAAGAGGUGAAGGCCAAAACCAGGCAGCAUCUUAUUUUCUGAAGAGCAAAGAUGGACCACUACUAGCAGAUGAAAAAGGGAAAAUUAAUCCACAGUAUUCUGAAGAAUUAAUAAGCAAUGGUGAAGAAGAACUGAGCAAAAAUGGAAAUGAAUCGGACAAAUCCAGUGGUUGUGACACUAUCGGUGCGUUCUUAUACAUUGGAAAAAGUUUACUCUCCAUAAAUGAAAUCAUUGAUUCAAAUGAGAAGUAUGUCUUAGAAAUGAACUGCGUUUUAGUCUUCCUGGCGGGUCUUUUGUUGGUAUCCGCUCAUCCCGGAACCGAAUCAAAGGCUGAAGCUAAGGAAGAGAAAGUUUCGUCAGUUGUCAGUAAAAAACAAGAUAAACGUGGUCUUAUCGAUCUCGGUUAUGGAGGACAUUAUGGCGGUGGUCUGGAGCUUGGUGGAUAUGGUGGUCUAGAGCUUGGUGGACACGGUGGACUGUAUUCAGGAUAUGGCGACGGAGGUUACGGUGGAAGCUAUGGUGGAAGUUACGGUGGAGGUUAUGGAGGAUUCGAUGACGGUCAUAUUAAGAGUGUUACCAUCACCAAAGAAGUUAAAGUACCUGUCCCAGCACCUUAUCCAGUUCAUAUUGAGAAGAAAGUACCUGUACCCGUUCCUUACAAAGUAACUGUACCUGUAGAUCGUCCAUACCCUGUCCAUGUACCUAAACCUUACCCAGUCCCAGUUGAGAAACCAGUACCUUAUCCCGUUGUAAAGAAAGUACCCUAUCCCGUGAAAGUACCAGUUAAAGUACCAUACCCAGUUCCUCAUCCAGUACCAGUGCCAAAACCUGUACCAUAUCCAGUUCACAAGCCAGUGCCAUAUCCAGUUAAAGUACCAGUAGUCGUUGAAAAGAAAGUACCAGUUUUAAUACAUAGCCACGAUUACCACGGAUAUGGAGGUGGUUUUGGAGGUGGAUUUGAUGGUGGUUCGCAUAGUUUUGGAGGUGGACUAGACUUUUAUGGCCAUCAUUAAUGCAUAAGCAAUGAAAAUGCGACUGUUAAUUCUAUCUCAUUGUUUUUAUUUCUUUGUCAGUAUUUUUGUUGCACAGUUGUUUAUCGCUCAUCUUUAACCUGUAAGAUAUCUUUAUUUAUACACUUUACUACAUGAAUAAAAUCGUUUUUUCUAA